AUGGCCUUCCUGUGCUGCGCGCGCGCCGCGACAUCUCUACGAAGCGCUACGAGCCUUGCGCGCGCGCCGCGCAUCGGCACGGCGCGCUACGCGAGCGCGCAGCGGGUCGGGACGGUGCUCAUCCGCAACACGCAGCGCUCCAUCCCCAUCGACGUCGACGCCGUCGAGAGCGUGACGCGCGCGCUGCUCGAGCGGUUGCGCUGCUCCGAGUUCGACGUGGGCAUAUGGCUGACGACGGACGCGACGAUCCGCAAGUACAACACGCGGUUCCGCGGCAUGCGCAAGUCGACCGACAUCCUCUCGUUCCCGUUCCACGACGAGCUGGCGCCCGGCGCGCUGCCCGACGCCGUGGACCGCGACGACGAGGACGACCUGAAUCUGGGCGACAUGGUCGUCUCCGUGCCCUACGUGCGGCGCCGCGCGGAGAAGGACGGCGGCCGGGACCACGCGCCCGGCCGCGGCGUCGCCGCGGCGAUGGCGCCCGUGGCCGACGUCGAGGAGCGCAUCCACAUGCUCCUCGUCCACGGCCUCUGCCACCUCCUCAACUACGACCACGAGACCGACGACGAGUUCGAGGACAUGGUCGCGCUCGAGGACGAGCUCCUCGAAACGUACCGCGACUGGCGGCAGCGGAGACGAUAA